GGUUUUCUUUGAAGACCAUGGAACCGUCCGCAGGGCCUGGGAUGCCUUUGCCCAAAUACUGCAGUGUGGCCACAACCCUGAAGUCCCCUGCCUGGGCUGGCGCUGCUCCUCCCUGGGACCUCUCCUUCGCCUGCCCCCUCGCUCUCCGAGCACCCUGGCUCCCCCAGCACGGCCUCCUCACCAGAUAUGCAUCUUAUCACCCGUGUCUCCACAUUGCUGACCCAGCAUGGCAGAGGCCUGGCUGGCUGGGAAGAGUUGGAGGUGCUGCUGACACAUGGAUCCUGGCAAGAAGGGAACCAGAUGGCUUUUAUUACAGGGCUCAGAUAAAGGCUGCUCCAGAGCUGGAGAGGCAGGGGGCCCUGCUGGUGGAAUUUGAGGCUCCCCUUGUCACAGGCCCAGAGCAGCCAGCCCAGGGGCAGAACGUGGUCUUAAAGGAAGAUGUUAUUCAGUUCUCACCAUCCUUGGAAUGCUCCCUGAGACCUGGGGACAAGGUGCUGGCACUCUGGGGGCCAGACCCACAGCGGUAUGGCCCUGGCACUGUUAUCUUGGGCUUGGAGGCGACAGACCCCCAGAGAGCAUCAAAAGAAGAAAUUACUGUUUACUUCUGGAAUGGCAAGAUAGCCACAGUGCCCUUAGGAGGGGUCACGUGGGUGCCCCCGGCUGUCUGGAAGAAGGCUGUGGACAGGCUGCAAGUGUCUUUCACCUGGGAGCGCCCCAGCCCCCUCCUCUGGGCCCCUCGCUGCUCUCUGGUGGGGCCGGUUGCUGGAUGUGUCACCAACGGGCUUCCUCUGAGCACUCUGCUCCUGUGCCCCGCCUGCCACCCGUGUGCCUGCUGCCAGCUGCUGUGCCAGGGCUGCCUCUGCUGCUGCCCCUUGGCUGGACCCACCUGGUGGCCUCUCGCCAGGACCUCGGGGGCCACAGCCAGAGAACAUCCUGAGGUGGGGCUGAAGCCCACCGCCCAGCCCAUGCCCCUGGAGGACCCAGAGGAGGAAGGAGGAGCAGUGCAGGUGUCCAUGGCUGCUUCUUCCUCCUCUACUUCCUCUUCAUCCGAAGAGGAGGACACAGAGAAUGGACUGGAGACGGGCCUCCCUCGGAGGCUGACGGUGGACAGCAUGGUCAACACAGACCCCAUCCUUCAUGAGAAGUCUCCAAGGAGGCAGGGUGGCCUCUGCCGGCCCGAGUGGAGGUACUGGAGGAGAAACAGGGCUGAGCCGCAUCCUGGGAAGCCAGGAACAAGACUUUGCAAUAUCCGGAAAGGAGAGAAGGGUGAUAAACACAGAGUGAAAAGUGCAGCAGCAGAGAGUACCCAGGAGCUGGUCCUGGAAGCGGCUGGCAUGAAGCCACUCUCCAUCCGGCCAAAGGGAGCUGAACACAAAAAGCUGAGUCGAGGCACUGUGACACGUCAGAGUGACGGGAACGCCCCUUAGAGAAGCUAG